AUGAGUUGGGCUGCUUUAUGCUGUUAUUCAUCUGGCGAUUAUGAGAUUAUGGUGCUGCAAGAACAAAUUAGGACACAAGAUUAUGCAAUCCCUAGAAGCAAUACAGUGAUGAAAAGUCUUGAACUGCAUCAUCCGAAUGGCAUUGGGGAGCUUCGAGGCAGGGUGGCAAGGUGUGAUGCAAGCAUUGCCAAAUUGACAGCUGACAUGAUAUCAGUAUAUGAAGGAAUUCAGAACCUGAGCCAAGAGCAACAAAGAGCAAAACUGACCUUGGAAGCCAAAAUAAAGGAUAUUGAAGGGCAGAUUUCAGAACUUUUACAGAGAGUUGAGGAAUCUAUUAGAGAGCAAGAAAGAAAGAUCAAGUUUACUGGGGGACAGAAAAGUGAACAGCCCCACCUGCUGGAUAUUGGUGGCCAGAAAAUGUCACAAGUUAACUUGGAUAGGAUGAAGAGCAUAACUGAAGAUAUUAAGGAUCAGGCUUUGUCUGUUUGCUCCCAUUUGGAACAGAAACUAGCUAGAAAGGAGCAGGAAUUGUUACAUCAAAUAGAACUGAUCUCCCUAACCGUGAAAGAUAAAACUGAACGCAGUGAAAAGUCAAUAGAAGAGAGGCUUAACCAGCUAUCUGUGAAACUUGACAGAAUAGAGGCAAUUCAAAAAAUGAACUCAGAGAUUUACAGCAUAAAAAAUGUUGAGAAGAAACUGAGUAUGAUCAUAUUAAGCAUAGAAGAGAAAAUGUGGAAAGAAAUAGAUGACGUUGAAGCUGCAACUAAGAUCGGCUUUUCAGCUAUUUAUGAUAGCAUUGGAUCCUUAAAACACAUACUCGAAGCAAAAAUGAAGCAGGAUAAAGACAAGUUGCAGAAACAGAUUCAUCAGAUUAAGCAAAUGAUGGAUCUCAUUCCUCUGAGGCAGAGUUCAUAACAUAAUUCCUGUCCAUAGUAUACAUCAUUCUAGACAUUGCUCAAUAAAAAUUGGAAACCACAUUUAACUUUUUAUUGGUAGAUGCUUAAAGGUAUUUCAUGUAACCUGAGAAGAUAUCAGUAAACGCUAAUAUCCACGUGUGAAGUUAAUCAAAUACGUCAACAAAUUCGAUUCCUUUGAGCAUUGUA